GGGUGGGAGUCCUUGCUGCUGUAUCUAUCUAUCUGAUACCAGAAAUGCCGCACGGUACUUCCUUCCACUCAGAUUCGAAUUGGGCUGGAUAACUAGUAUCUUUCUGGUUAUCUCCGAAGACUUGAUAUUUUCUUCGAAAGUAAGGAAGGAAUUGUUCUCUUCAACGAAUGGGUUCAUAAUGUUCGGUCACAGCUCUCUGUACGGGUUGGCAUCAGGUAUCCAUGAUAUGGCCGUAUUGUCCCUUACAGAGAGACCGCACCUCCCGGAGUCCCGGUGCUUCUUUCGCUGUAGGAUGAACGGUCAAACUCCUACCAGAAAAACAAAUGGAAAACCAGCUAGAAAGCAAUGACUACCACUUAGAUAGAAUUCCAAGAAACUU